AGUCGGAGUGAGUGUUUUAAGCAGUUCAUUUAUAUAAAUCAGUUUAUGGUGUUACGUGUAACAUGACGUCAGAGGUACUUCAUACACAGGCUAGAUCAAUUGUUGCGGCGGUUAUUGAAUACUUUUACGAAGAGAAAGCGAAUAUGGGACCUCUAAAAGAUGUGAGGAAAGUCUUAGAACGCGUUGCUGAUUGCACAAAAAUUUCAAAGAGGACAAUUGAACGAAUCAAUGCGCAACUACGUGAAAUGAAGAAGACACGUGAAGCAGAAGUCAUUCCGAUGGAAAAUAUAGAUUUAACAAGUGAUAUUGAAGAACCCGAAUCUCAAGAUACAUCUACACGAAAGAGGCGCAUUAUCAUCAAAACACCAAGAAAAAAUGCCAAGGGUACACCAAAGAGUCGACCAGUAACAGGAUUAGACAGUUUCCAAAUGAGUGCGAUUAAGCGGCAUGUUAUAGAAUACUAUGAAAGAAAAGAAGUUCCUACACUGAAGAAAUUGCUGGGUUCACUUGAAGAAAGGGGGUUGUAUGGUAAAAGCGAGUCAUCGUUGAGGGCCGUUUUGAGAAAAUUAGGAUUUGUAUACAAAAAGUUUAAUGGAAGAAAGGUACUAAUGGAAAAGCCUACUGUUGCACUAUUAAGAUGUCAAUUUCUACGGAAAGCUCGAAACGUCGACAUGGAUCAAGCUAUUUUUCUCGACGAAACAUGGCUCAACGAGAACAUAGUGAAGGAAAGGGGGUGGACUGACGGUUCGGUCAAAGGAACACUAAAUUCACCUUUGGGAAAAGGCAAGAGAUUGAUUGUGUGUCAUGCUGGCAGUGCUAAUGGUUGGAUAAACGCACCUCCUCUGAUUUUUCAAUCUAAAAAAACUAACGAUUACCACGAGGAGAUGAAUGCCGAAAUAUUUGAAGGUUGGUUUUUUAAUGUCUUAAUCCCUGCCAUCCCUCCUGGAAGCACGGUUAUCAUGGACAACGCACCUUAUCAUUCACGAGUGAAAGACAAGGCGCCAACUUCGUGUUCAAGAAAAAGUGAUAUGAUCGACUGGCUCACCAAGAAAAACAUACCAUUUCCUAUCGAUGCAAGAAAACCGGAACUAUAUAACCUCAUCAAGAUCCACAAACCAAAUAUGAAAACGUAUGAGAUUGACAGCAAGGCAUCUUCACAAGGUUUCAAAAUCCUACGCCUUCCGCCAUACCACUGUCAGUAUAAUCCUAUAGAAAUGGUAUGGUCCGAACUAAAAAACUAUGUGAAAGAAAGGAACACCACGUUUAAAUUGAAAGACGUUGAGAAAUUGUUGAUGGAGGCUGUUUCUGCUGUAACACCGAACAAAUGGGCAAGUUACGUGAAACAUGUAAAAACAAUUUUGGAUAACGAUUGGACAAGUGAGGGCCUGAGUGAUCGUAGAGUCCAGGAAAUGAUCAUCAGCCUAUGCCCUGGCGACAGCGACGACACCGAAGAAGACUCAGAGUCAGAAGAAGAAGACAUUGGCUGUAAUCUGUUGAACUAAAAGGGAAAUGGUUUCACCUCCAGCAGCUCUUGCGAGAACCAACAAUUCUAUGUAUAUAAUUGUAAAUAGUUAGUCAACAGUAAUGUAAAUAAUUUGUAAAUACUCUUAGAUGUACAUCUUGAUCUGAAAACUGUGUAUUAUUCUUUAAAAAC